GCCAAGGCCCGUCUCGCUUUCCCACAGAAGCGAUUCCCGGCCCUUUGUCCCGCACUAUCCUGGGACCGCGGGUUCCCGCUAUGUUGUCGCUGCCGGCAGGAGGGUGUGUGUCCAGCGGGGCAUGGGUCCGUGCUGGCGGCUAACGGGGAGACAGGCCGCUCAGCGGCAGCCCCCCCCCCCGCCCCACGCGGGAACAGCUGUGACCCCUCCCCAGCAGGAGCGACCACCCACCGCGGCCUCCCCGGGGCGCCCCGCGAGCCGGCGCACAGGGGCCGGGCCGGGGCUGCAGGAGGCGCUGGCCGAGCGCUGAGCGCCCGGCGGGGCAGCGCCUGGGACGGGGCCGAGCCGGGGCGCUGAGCUCCGCGGGGCCAGCGCGCAGGCAGGCGGGGAGGGCCGCGCUGCAGCCGCAGCACCCGGGCCCCGGGGCCGGGCAUGGACCUGGCUGCGCCGCGGCCGCUCUCCCCGCCCCGGCUCGCUGCGCGCCCUGGGGUCCCGCUGCAGGGAGAGCCCCGGAGCCGCCGGCCGCUGCCCGCCCGCCCGGCCUCCCCCGGCUCGGAGGGGCCCGCAGCCGCGGGGAGCGCCCGGCUCCGGCCACCCAGCCCGGGAGCAGGCAGUGGCCGCUUCGGGGAAGCAGCAUCGCGGCGGAGACUGGCGCUAGGAUGGUUCCCCCACCGCCCGUCAACAAGCCCCAUGUCUGCCUCUCCACCGUCCUCAUUAUGAGCAGCUUGGUGCUGAUGGAUGCCUACCUGGUGGAGCAGAACCAGGGCUCCAGGAAACUGGGCAUCUGCAUCAUGGUCUCGGUGGGCGACGUCUGCUUCCUGCUGGUGCUCCGGUACAUGGCGGUCUGGGUCGGGGCCGAGGUGAGGACAGCCAAGCGCGGCUAUGCCAUGAUCCUCUGGUUCCUUUACGUCUUCGUGUUGGAGAUCAAGGUCUACUUUGUCUACCAGAACUACAAGGCUGACCGGAAGAGCCUGGACCUUCUGGCACGCAAAGCCCUGACCCUGCUGCUGUCCAUCUGCAUCCCUGCCCUCUACGUGCUGCUGGUGGCCACCGAGCACAUGGACUACGUCCGGACAUUCAAGAAGAAGGAGGACCUCCGCAACCGCCUCUUCUGGGUUGUUAUUGACAUGCUGGACGUGCUGGACAUCCAGGCCAACCUGUGGGAGCCCCAGAAGAAAGGGCUGCCCCUCUGGGCUGAGGGCCUGAUGUUCUUCUACUGCUACAUUUUGCUCUUGACUCUCCCUUGCGUGUCCCUGUGCGAGAUCAGCAUGCAGGGGUUCAGCAUCGUGCCGCACCGGAUGAUGCUCUACCCCAUUCUGAGCCUGCUCACCGUCAACAUCGCCACCCUCUUCAUCAGGGGGAGCAACAUGGUCUUCUUCCGGGACGCCCGGGUCUCGGGCAUCUUCAUGGGCAAGAACGUGUUGGCCAUUGUGCUGAAGCUCUGUAUGUUUGUGCAGUACCGGAAGCAGCUGCGCCACGGGCCGGUGGAGUUCAGCGCCGCACCCCAGCACAGCGCCGCGCCCCAGCCCCAGCCUGCCCUGCAGCUGCUGAAAUCCCAGAACCAGACGCCUGGCCCCGAGGCCCUGGGCCGGGAGAACACGUGACCUGAGGCGGGCACCGCAGACUGGGCAUGGAGUAACACGUCUCUUUGGGGUUGGACCCUAACGAUGGCAGAGUACCGUUGCCUGCCGAGCCCCUGCCCAAUGCUGGUUCCUCCAGGAAGUCUGUGAGCGACCCUUCCUUGCUUUGCACGGACAGACUGACCAGCCACAUCCCAGCUGAGCACGGGGCUGGGGAACGGCACGGCGUAGAACAGCCAAUGGUAGCCAGUCCCUGAGGCCAGCUGGUGGAUCCUGUAGAGAGGCUAUCGAAGGGGAACAGGCAGUGCCAGGCGACAGGGUCUAUCCCUGCUUGCUCCCCUGUAUUCCUUCAAUUGCAAGGGUGUCGCGGCGCGAUGGCUCUGCGGUGGGCCUGCUGGGAAUGUCCCGGGGGGACACAGUCUCCAUGGACUCCCUGCACAGUCACUGUGAGGUCAGAGUCAGGCGUGGAGUCUAACAGUGCCGGGGGGCACCCGUUCUGCCCUCGAUUGUGUCUCCUGGGCCCCUCUCUCUGCACGCCCACACGUUCCCCCCCCCCACACACACAUACACCGCUGCCUGUUCCGUCCUCGGGAGUGCAGGAUCCCCCAGGGGAGUGGUGCUGGUGCCGGAGCUGCCCAGACGCCCAAUGGGACUCAUUGGCUUGUGGGCCUUCUUCAUGGGCAUCUUCCUUUUUCCAAUAAAUGAGAGUCCAAGCCC